GACUUUGAGGAACAUUAGAAAAGAGUUGACGAGGAGAGGUUAUGGAAGGAUAGACGAGUAGGGAAGGGGAGAAAGAAGGAACACCCCAGUCCGACUCACUCAAAAUGCUUGGAAAAUAUAUGACCACCACUUGAGUAGUACUAACUUCUACCGUCAGAAUGCAGUGUUGCGCAUCAGCCCGACUUUAACACACCGUUGUUAUGCAAAAUUUAUUAAUUUAUUUAUUUAUCGAGGUGUUUUGAAAUUUCUAAUUAUUGUUAGUAGCGUUUGAAGAAUAAAAAACAAUUAUAGACAGUAAAUACAAAGACUAAUGUGAAAAAAAUGGUGUAAACCUUUAUAAUUCGACAUAGACUGCAAUGGACAGUGAUUUUAUUUUUAUAUAGAUUUUUAUUAGAUUUUAAGUGUUUGUGUAUAUUUAAGUUCAGUUUUGACACUUUUUUAGUCUUAAGUUUGUUUUUUAAGUGUUUUUUGUAAAUAAUUAAAAGAUGCCGCGAUAUACAGGACAUCGUUGUAUAGUGCCGAAUUGUAAUUCAGGUUAUGAAUCAACAAAAAGUGAAAAGUGUCACAAGUUCUCCGUUCCAUUUGACGAGGAAGAUAUUCAAAAGUGGAAAAAAAUAAUUCCUCGUAAAAAUUUUGAAUUAAAAGGAGGAAUGGUUGUUUGCGAGAAACAUUUUCUGAAAGAUGACAUUGUUUGGAGACGGGAAGUAAAAGAUCCUGCUGGCAAUGUCAUGGCAUCGGAGGAGUUGAAGAAACCUCAUUUAAAGAAAGGAGCUGUUCCUUCACAAUUUCCGAAUUGCCCAUCAUAUCUGUCCCAAUCGCGAAAAAAACGGAAGUCGCCAAAAAAAAGAGAGUUUACACCGAAAUCUACCGAUCAUGAAAAAUUAAAUAUAAAAAAAAGAAAAGUCGAAGAAUCCAAAGAAAAUGUAUUUCACGAAGAAAUCGAAAAUAUGCCACUAAAUGGAAAUAAUUUUGAAUCAGAGAACUCCACAAAAUCUCAAGUAGAUGAGAGUUCAACUACAACAGAUGAAAAUGAAACAGAUUCUAAAUUUUCGGAGCGAAUUGAUUUAUUCAAUUCGCUGUUUAAAAAUGAAAAUAAAGUUAACAUCCCAAUAUCAUGGAAUCGACGACGUAGUGAAAAAGAUAUUCAAUGCAUUGAAUACUCUGAAUGCAUAUCUCGAAUGAGAGAAGAUAAGCCUCAAUUCUUUACUGCAAAACAACUUGUCAUUUACAAUGACAUGCAAAUUGUAGCAAAGGUGUCCGGCAUAAACUUGCCAUUGGAAAAACUUGGCUUAAAUACCAACUAUGUGUCGACAAUUACUGAACUGGAAGAAAUUAUUAAAAAUUUCAAUAAAGUUAAAGUUUGUUUGGGAUGUGCAUCACCAAAUACUAUCCAGAACAUAGAAAACUCAUUUGCGGUUCGCGACUCAGCAGGAUAUUUGAGACAUACAAAAUGUUCGUUAAUAAUCACUAGUAAAAAGCGCUUAUCAUGUGAAACAUGCUCGAAAGCGAAGAAGACCCUCGCAAAAAAAUUUAUGCGCUUUAAGAAAAUUAAUGAGCAGCGACGUAUAGUUUUGAAAAUGAGUCCCACAAAAAAGUACAAAUUAAAUUUAAUUAGAAGUAGAUUAUAUAAAUCUAAUAAAAACUUAGGAAAUUAUAAAAGUCUCUGUGGACACUACAAAAAGGAACUCAAGGAAAAUAAAAAAGAAAUGUCCCUUCUUCGGGACAAAAAUUUAGACUCAAAAAUGGACGAUUUAAAAGUAAAUAAAAAUUCGAGAAUUGUCAUUAAUGAAAUUUUAUCAGCUUCGAAAGUGAAGGAUGCAAAAGGUCGCCGUUACACAGAAGAUUGGAUUAUUUUGUGUUUGUUGUUCCAUACAAAAUCACCAACAACUUAUAAUCUUCUGAGAGAUAAUAAGGUUUUACCUUUACCUGCAACAAGCACCAUUCGAAGAUAUUUAUCGUUAAUCCAAACGCCUUGCGGAUUUGACGACUCGUUUUUUAAAUUAUUGAAUGAGCGUUUAUCGGAAUUGCCUGACGAAUACAAACAUGGAGUUUUGUUAGUGGACGAAAUGGGGACUAGAAAAAAUUUAAGACUAGAUCAAAAGAAAAUGAAAAUUUUGGGUCUUACAGAUUUUGGGGACGAAGAAUUAAACAAGUCAGUGAAAAUAACUGAUAAAGCAGAUCACGGACUUGUUUUAAUGUUCCAUUCACUAAUGGAAUCUUUCUCACAGCCAAUUGCUGUUUUUGUUUCAAAGGGACCAGUGGUUGGUACAAUAUUAGCAAAACUGAUUAUUCAAGCAAUAUGUUUAUUAGAACAGGCCGGUGCAAAAGUACAUGGAGUGGUGUCAGAUUCUGCUUCUGCCAAUAGAAAGUUCUGGUCUAUUUUUGGAGUAAGUGGAGAUCUCAAAAAUGUUGAAUGCAGCUUUGCUCACCCGACUAUUGAAAAUCGUCGAAUUUACGUCUUUGCUGAUAUUGUCCAUUUGAUAAAAAGUAUGCGCAAUCGAUUGCACGACAAGAAAACUUUGCGGGUAAAUCUAACAGAUCCAGAAAUAGAUUGGGAAUACUUCAGAAAAGUAUUUGAAGUGGACAAAUAUCAUGCAACAGGAAAAUGGCAUCCUAAAUUAACGGCAGAACACCUCGAUCCAAAUAACAUGACCAAAAUGCGAGUCAUUUUAGCAGUACAGAUGUUCAGUAAAACAAUUGCUGAAAGUCUUUUAAAAGGAGCUUCCGUUUACCCGGAUAUGUUUAAGAACUGCGAAGCAACAGCAGAAUUUUGUUUAAAAAUAAACAACUUAUUUGAUAUUUUAAACAUAACAAAUCCAGAGAAAGGACUUCGAAUAGAUUCACCAAAUUAUGAGAAAUUACUCCAAUUCUUAAGUUGGCUCAAUGACUGGGAACAACUAGUAUUUGAUGGGAAAUUAAGAAGAGAAGAAUGUUUUACAGAAAGCUCUACGACAGGAUUGAGAAUUUCCAUUCAUUCGACCAUAGGUUUGUCGAAAGAUUUAUUGGAGAAACAUGGAUUUCCAUAUGUUUUGACUGGACGUAUAAAUCAAGAUCCUUUAGAGCUGUAGCUCCUUUUUAAUUAUACGCUGUUAUAUAGGAUACUGCAGACUAUUGAAGGCUCGGAAAUAUUAGGUUUUAUUUUAAUUUAGAACACGUCAAGGAAUUUUUUAAACCAUUGAAUCAUUAACGUGUUUAAAUUCUUAAUACAUUUUGUGACAUUAGAAUAUUAUAUAGUUGUGUCUUCCUAAUUAAUUUUUUUAGGAUUUUUUAAGUUGAUUCCGUGGCUGCUGUGGUUUUUCAUUAAUCAAAUUUGAAAUGGAUAAAUUUAUAUCCUGGUAAAAAUUUUAGUGAUGCAGGUCGAUUUUUUACACAAAAAAGGUAGAAAGAUUAAAUUUUUGUCUUACAAGGUUCUCGAAAUUGUGAGAUUUUUUCAAACUAGAGUCGAUCGACGUGCAUCAUUACUCCGUUUUAUUGAUUUGAAAUAUUCUUGUUUUUUUUCUGUUUUUAAUUUAUAUUUUCCUUGUUUAUUUAGCGAUUUUUCGGGACCGUUCGAUCCGCGGGUGGUACAAAUGAUCAUCCGUGUACGCCUACAUUUCUACAGUUGUAUAAGAUUUUAUCUGUACACUGUAUUUUAACACCUCCGAAAUUAGGAAAUUGUUCGAACGAUUUUACUAUUGAUCCUCCUCAGCCAUUAAUUACAAUUACAAAAUUAAAAGAAUUAUACAAUUCAAAGGAAAAAAGCUCAAUUGAAAAAAUUAAAGAAAAACUUAUAGUUGUAAUUGAGGAUGAAGAUUCAGAUUUUAAUGAUUUUGUACGUGAUAUAGAUCAUGAUUAUUUCUCUCAAGAAAUUGUAGAUUGUUUGCUAUUUUAUACGACUGAAAGAGUAUGCAGAUAUUUAAAAGACCGAGAAAAAUGUUCAAUAUGUUUAAAUGCUUUCAUGUCUACAUCAAAUAUUGCAACAGAUACAUUAUUUUUUUCAUCCAAUAGAUUACCACGCAGUUACGAAAUUUUUAUAAAUCCCUUACAAGAACUUAUACAUCCGAACCGUAAAUUAUACGAUAUUGUGCUAGAGAUCGAAUAUUUAUUCCGGCAACAUAGAGAACAUCGUAACUGUGUAGACAUCAUUUUAAACAAAAUGUCCUCAGAGCCAAUAAAAAUUUAUUUUUCUUGUAAAGAACACCCUGACAAUGCCAGCAAGCUAUUAAGUUUCGUAGUAUUAACUUACUUACAAAUUAGAAUGAGGGAGUAUAUUAAUCAGGAAAUGGCCUUGUUGAAAAAGCAAAGUAUUUAUAAGAAAAAGGCAGCAAAACUUUGCACAAGUUGACUAAAAAAGAAUUUUAUGUUUUCAGAUACAAAGUUUCUUAUGCAUGUAUAUGUACGUAUGUAUAUAAUAAAGAAAAAUUUAUUCUGUA